AGUCUCAGUAGUGCCCGAGCCUGCGCGGGGUGCGGACCUACGCCCUACUCCACACACUAAUAAUUCGUGCGUUCGGAAACAGUGAAUCUGUGCAUAUAACGUUACCGUGAUAACAAAAGUUUCAACUGACAUAAUAGUGUUUCAUUCACCUCCUUGGAUAAAUGCAAGCGAGUUUUAUAAAGGUGAAGCGCAUCGCAUCAAUGGCCUGAGAGCAUGUUCCGGACGGCGUCAGUGGAAGGCUCCGCGCCGCGGACGCCCCCUGCCUACGCCCCGCACCCCCCCUACGUUCCUCCACGCUUCUUUCCCCCUCGCAUCCGGCCCCCUCCCCCGCAAUACUGCUUCGACGCUGCCCGCUUCGCCUGCGACGCCUCCAAACCUCGCUACCUCGACGUCGAACGAGAGAGGCUGGUCACGAGAUGGCUGGCCGAAGCGAACGAGGCUUUAGUGAGAAGGGACCGGCCGCCGAGAUACAAGCCAAGAAGCAGCGAGAGGCGGCCGGACUAUUUGGAGAGGAGGCCGGCGCCAGAAUGGGCCGACAACUUCCUCCUCGGCAGGAGGAACGGGUCGGUGGAGCCCGAAGAGGACUGCAGUGAAGUGAUGACGUUGAAGGAGUUUGUGGACAAGUUCUCGCUGCCGCGGGUGGUGAGGUUCGAGGGAGAGGAGCGGCCGGUGCUGCUGUACCGCGUGCUGGAGGCGCACCGGCGCGUCGAGGCCGUGCCGCUCGCCGGCAAGAAGGGCAAGCUGGUGGGCAAGCCGCUCUACAUACCCGAUUCCUAUGAUGGCUGGUUUUCAGCGUGCGGAUGCCGCGGCGGCGCGCUGGCCGCUCCGCGCGGCUCCGUGGCGGCGCUGCUGCGCGCGCGCGCCUUCGCGCUAGUCUCUCCCCGCGCGCUCUCCGCCUACCGCGCCCGGCCUGCCUCAGACAGCGGGCGCGUGGGCGCGCAGUACGAGCGCGCGGCGGCGCGGCCGGGUACGCCGCUGCGGCUGGCCGGCGUCUUCGCGGACGGCAGCAAGGCCAAGGCACCCAAGUAUGCGCAGCUAAUCGACCCACAGGGCAACGAGCUGUUCGUCCCGAUCAACACGAAAGGCGAGCUGUACGAGGUGUGUCCCGAGGAGCUAUCCCCGGCGGAGUGGGACGCAGCCGAGCCGACGUCGCCGCCGCCGCCGGACGCGGGCGCGCGCGCGCACCGCCUGCCGCACCUGCUGAGCCUGUGGCGGCUGCCGGCCAGGGUCCGGCUCUUGGCCGGGACCGUGCCCAUUGAGAUGGCGCAUGAUGUUGGAGAUGACCUCUUGCUACGGGCAGCGAUAACGGAGCCGGUGCUGGUAAUGUGCACGCUGCCGGAGUUCGGCGCGCCAACCAGCCCCACCAAGCCGGCGCCGGGGCUGGCCAAGGAGACCUUGCAGCUGCUUCCGCUCAACUGCGGCGCGCGCCUGCGCCGCACGCAGCUCGGCUUCGACAGCGAGAAGCGCAUGUUCCUCUCCGCGCGACUCCAGAAAGCUCUAACCUUCUGUCAACUCAACGUUGACAACUGGAUCAGGCAGAUCUCAUACGCCAACUCGACGGUCGUCGGCAAGAAGACCGCUGAGGACCUCCUCAGAGAGGACCACGAACCGAUCAAGUUUGAAAAAGAACGCAAGUUCACUCUGCAGGGACUCAAGAUCGAAACGUCCAGGCUUUUCGGGAAGAGCGAGAAGGUCCUUAAAGACAUGCCGGACGAGACGGAGGGCUCCAUCAUAUUUUUAAGCAAAAACGAACUCGAGCACAUGAACUACGACGUGUAUAGCGACGACGAAGGCAAAGACGAAAAGAACGACGAGAAAACAGAGGAACACUUCUCCAACGACAAAAUGCAGGUGUUCCGGGAGGACUCCGCGCAGAAGAAGAACAAGUGGUUUAAAAACUUGAAACUUUUGAAGAGCACGGAGAAAUUAACAGACGAAAAGAUAACGUCAAUAGAGAACCGUGAGAGAUACAGAGACAUUAAAGAUCCGUUCGAUCCUCUCGGGGAAAAACACAGCUCUAUCGAGAGGUACCAGGAUAUGGCAAAGCUCAUUGAAGACAGAUUCGGAGCCACGAGGGCGAAGGGCGAUGGAACUGCCGAGAAAAGCCACUCCUAUAAGAGUCUGACGACUUCAUCAUCCGAUAUGGGUACGAGUCAGUGCAGUUCGAACCCCAAGAAACCAAUUUUGACAAAGUCAGUGUCAGUGCAGACGGGGAUCCCGGACAGUCCGUACACUGAAGGUAGCGCAAUCAACAUGAAACAUGGCCGCAAGAAUCUCAGUGUCGAUCAGAUCAACUACUGUGGAUCCAUGGAAAGCGACACGAGCUCCGGUAGAAAAUUAAAAUCUUUGGACGAAAAUAUGCUAAAGAAAUCUUCUGCGUCAAAAUCAUCGACGAAUUUAGAGAGGAGACAGAGAAUACAACCAGAUCUGAUACCGGAAAAGGCAAUGGUCAAGUCUGAGUCGUAUAACCAAAUACAAAGCUGUGAAGACAUAAACAUGUUCGGAGCUGGCUCUCUAUACAACGACAGUGAAUUCGAAAUUAAUUCUAAGCAACACUCGUUUAUAACAGAAAAAUUGUGCUCAGAAUUCCAUGUGAAAACAAAAAAGGUCCUUAGCAAAUCUACAUCGAAUCUACUGCAUCCUAAAAAACCCACAGAUAAAAAAGACGGUAAUAACAGCAACAGCAUGCCGACGAAAACUGAACGACUAAGCGACGGGGACAAGCUUAAUUUUAGAAAGAAGAUCGACAAACCGAGAGCUCCGACUCCCAAACUUGAAAUUGACGACGACCUCGUACCAAUUGAUAUCUCGGAAGAGGAACCGCAAUCUCAAGUUAAACUAAGGAGAUCCAUAUCCUCAAUACAGAAGAGGAAGUUACCCGUCAUAGAAGACUUACCUUACGGUCAAGUAGCAGACGCGGUGCACGUGGAAGAGGAAAAGGUUGAUUCCGAUGCCAGUUCUGACAACAUUUACGCAGAAAUAUGUGCACCUAACAAAGCUAGCGAAGACGAAUCUUAUGACAAUAACGUAGACGUGUUAGCCAACGAUCCAGUGAUAUGCAACGUCAAAAAAGAAGUCAUCAUUCGUAAUGACGAGAGAGCUAGGCAGAUGAUCGAGAACCAAGAAAACCCAUUCAGGCACAUCGAAGUGGUAGUCAUAGAGAAAACCACAGACUUCAAUUUGGACACUUCGAGUAUAGCCUCAAGUGAUUUUGAUGAGAUGGGAAGUAAAAAUGACGUAUCAAUAGCCAUAGAUUCGUGGGAGCGAGACAAGAAGAUUAUCGACCAAUCAGAUUCGAAAACACACGCAAUUAGAUUAGAAAUAACUAGUAAUAUGGAGGAUUAUCCUCAAGAAGUGGAUCAAAGUUUUGAGAGGACGGAGAUUCGAUUAAGUAAGAAUAAUUCUUUAAGUUUUAGCAACAGCAUCCAUUUGAAUGGUACAUAUCCCAACGAGGCCAUUUAUGAUACUUUAAAAUAGUUCUUAAGUGUUUAACUUUAUGGUUGACAUUUCAGCAAGUAGUGAGCAGCUGUGAUUUGUGAUUUUUGUUUAGGGAACGCGUAGCGUCGUAUUCGGGCAUCAUACACCAGAUAAUAAAGUCAGUUAAUCUCCAUAUCAAUUUGCGUACCUAUUACCUACCACAUCUGUACCUAUUGGAAUACUAAGUGUGUCCUUUGUAUUGAGAGUAACAGUCUUAAUUUUAUGCUUGCCUCUGAAUUAUUGAUGUGCGAGGAUCGUUUUCAUACCACGAGCACAUAACCUCUAUAGCUACCACGGUAGUAAAUAAGUUGAUAAUGUUGCCAUGACAAAAUAUGAUAUUACAAAUAUGUAUAUUUAAUGUGGUUAAUUAUGGGAAAUUGCCACAAUAUUACAGGCGAAUUUCUUCGUUUUUGCCGUAACAAACCCAGAUUUAAUUAAUUGAAUGACGCGUAUGAAUUCGCCGCUAGGGGCGCUAGUGUAGAUAAAUGGUGGUCUUUUUCAUAGGUUGAAAUGUCACUUGUCACUUCAAUGACUGACAGCUGUUCUUUAGUCUUUUGGACCACCAUCAACAGAGGCGCCAACUGGUGAGCAAAAAAACGAUAGCCCUCAUUGUAUAUGUACUAUAGGUACUCAAUUUAUUUAUUGAAUACUUUGUAUUCACGAUUCUUUUUUGUUACACUACAUAAUCGGUUUAUUAGUACAUCUAGAAACCUAAGGGGAGCCCACAUUAUGAUCCAAAAUUGUGCAGUUUUUGAAAAUACAGGACAUAGAAUACCUUGCGAUCUGUACCUACGGUUAAUAACGUUAUAAGAUUAAGUAGUAGGUAAUUCGUUUCAAUAAAACGUAUCAACAUUUAGUUCUCAACAUUCAUAAAAAUAUAAUUAUUACACUUGAAUUACUAUUUCGAAAUAAGUAUUUUACCAGUCACAAAUUUGUUCCACGCACAAUAUUUUAAGUCCAGUAAAUAUUUGUUUAAUUAAAGGUUGUGUAUUUUGAUAAUCCAGUGUUUGUUAAUUACCUACGAUAAGGCCAUAUUUUGCAGAUCACCCACGAAUUUACACGUAAUCAGUAGCGACAUCUAUCCAUGACUUUAAAAUAAGAAUGAAAUUAUGAUAUUCAUUCUCACAAUGAAUACAUUGGUGCUAUAUAUAUUAGGUGCUCGAAAAAUUAAUUUAGGACCCAAAAUUAAUUAUAAGACCACAUAUCACAUGACAAUGUAAAUUAAUUUGUACCAUAUAGUUAUACUUGGUUAUACCUUCGUACCUAAAUUGUAAAAUAAAAUAAAAAUUCGCUUUUAAGCUCUUGAAUGUUAGAAGUACCUAAUCGUGGAAUAUAAAUAAACAAGGAAAAUAUAUUA